AUGUACACUGAUCAUCAGGGCACUGAUGAUCAGUGUGCCCUGAUGAUCAGUGUAGCCCCGGCAGUGCCACCUGUCAGUGUCCAUCAGUGCCUUGUGUCAGUGCUCAUCAGUGCCUCUAUCAGUGCCCAUCUAGCUGCCUUUCAAUGUCACCCAUCAGCCCAUCAGUGCCGCCUAUCAGUGCCAGUCAGUGCCGCCUAUCAGUGCCAGUCAGUGCCAUAUAUCAGUGCCUUGUAUCAGUUCUGCCUUUCAAUGCCCAUCAGUGAUGCCUGUCAAUGCCCAUCAGUACCACCUACCAGUGCCUCCUCAUCAGUGCCAAUCAGUGCCACCUAUCAGUGUCCAUCAGUGCAGCCUAUCAGUGCCCAUCAUUGCAGCCUCAUUAGUGCACAUCAGUGA